AUGGCUAAUAUGAAACUAAAUAUUUUUCCUCUGACAAAACUUCCUUUCGAUGUGAUUGCGAACGUUUUGUCUUUUUCUAUCAAGCAUCAGGAUUCCAAGGUUAUCGGUUCCCAGCUCAUCUAUGUUUGCUUGUUGUUCGCCAAGGCCGCAAUUCCUCACGUAUGGAAACAUCUAUAUCUCGAAGAACCGGCUCAACGAAAAAUCUUCUCCAUCCUACAAGAAUGCCCUUCUAAGCUCAUGUUCAACUACCAGUGCAUGGUGAAGAGUGUGACCAUUUGUCCGGUAUGGAUAUCCAACAUGAAAUCCGGUGGUUUAUUGAGAACACUUGACAUAAUCCAAUCCUGUUUACCGAACUUGACGAGAUUGCACAUUGAAGACAAACUAUCCUUCUGUCAUGCUUACCAUCUGAGUAAGGAGGCGACCACCGAGCAAUUGGCCGAUUUAAUAUGCAAAAAGGAUUUGAAAGAACUCAUCUUGGAUUCCGAUCAUCUUGUCUUCAACGAUGAACUAUUGGAAAUCAUCAGCGAACAGUCUCGAAGUCUUCAAUCGCUAUCCAUAAAUGGCUCUCACUUCACCGACGAAGGUAUCCUGGAACACGUCAUCCCAAACCUCAAAGAUGAUCUCGUUGAAUUUUCCGCCGGCCACGGCGGAAUAAAUCCUAUAUCUUUGACAGGCAACACGGUUCUCGCCCUACUUGAAAAUUGUCCGAAAUUGAGAAGAAUGCUUUUGGAAGGUGUGGACUUGAAUGACAAUGAUUUCAUUGGAGAUGACUUGCCCUCAAGUAACUUGGAAUAUCUAUGGUUAGGAAAAACCUGUCAGCAAAAUUUCACCACUCAAGGUCUCUUCUCUUUGUUGAUGACAUGCAACAGGACUUUGGAAUCACUAGUGUUAGAUUUGAGUCAUGUAUCACGUGCGAUGCUUCAAGAUAUCAUAAUUCCUCUAUUUCAAAAUCAAAGAUUGCAGGAAUUAUAUUUGGUCUCGGAAUCCUGGGCCGAGUGGACCGCCUACUACCCUAGACCAAGAUCGGAACAGGAGGUCAGGGCAAAAGAGGCGAUGCGAUGCUGGAAACUAAAAGCUUACUGGGGUAUCACUAGUGACUUGAUAGAUUUGAUUUGCGAAAAAAUUUCCACUCUAAAGGUGUUGAGCAUUCUGGGCGAAAACCAAUUAAAAACCUCUUCUCGAUAG